AUAAAUGUGGGAAGUUUAUCAAAUUUUCAUAAAUUUUUUUUCUCGCACUAACGUUACAUAUCUGUAUACAAGUUUGUAAACAUUGAUUCUGUAAAAAAAAAAAAAAUUUCAAAAACAUGAAAUACUUGAAAGUAGUUCUAUUAGUUGUUAUCGUUAUUAGCUAUGCUUCAUUUACGACAGCUGAGAAAAAACCAUUCAAAAAUAUAACGCUUAAUGAAUUGCAGUUAUUAUGCACAGAAAAUAAUAACGAUUAUAAAUUAUUAACUGAAGCACAGAAUUUAGCAACAAAACUUUUCUUUGACUCUACUGAAAAUUGUACAGAUUUUAAUCAUCAAAACAUGAUUAAAGAUUUAGUUCAUGAAGUAACUUCUGCAUGUUUUAAGGUAGAAAAUAUGCCAAAUAAAACUGAAUUAGAAACAAUUUAUCAAGAUAUUACAACAAAAUUAUGCUCUCACUAUGAACUUGUCAACUUUAGAAUCGCCAAUAAGGAAUGCAUUUCAAUAGAAAACAAUUUCUCUGACUGUUUAAAUGAAAAUUUACAAUAUAUAAAAACUGAUCCUGAUGAUUUAUUCUUUGCACUGGCAAUGACUCAUGAAAAUGAAGAAUGCACCAUAUAUACAAUUUUAGUAAACUGUAUGUCAAAGGCAAUUAAUCAAAAUUGUGCUUCCAUGAAUAAAACCUGGAAAGAUUUAUCAACGAAAUUUACACCCAUCAUGAAGUGUGCCUAACAUGUUUCUGUUACGCACUUAAAUUUAAUGAAUAUUACAUAUUACUACCUCAUUUGAAAAUAAUUUUUUAAAAUUAUUUCAUAUAAAAAGAAAAUUAUCCUUUAUUGUCAAAUAAUAUAAUUAUCGGCAAAACUAAAAAAAAACAUGUACACUUCGUCAAAGAAAAGUUGAAUUUUUAAAUUUUAUUAAUUGCUAUAAAAGUUAUAGAUGAAAUAUAUACAUUUAGAUCGAUCGAUGAUAAAAAAAUGUGGUUCAUAUAUUAUUAUUUGUUUUUUACGAAUAUAUAUCGCACUCUCUAUAUGGGUGAUUCUCCGCGUAGCGCACAACUUGCUUUUUUUCAUGUUGUGAAAGAAAAAUCACAAAUAAUGUUCACAUAUAAUAUUUCGAUUCCAAUGUAAAAAGGUAAUUUCUGUGAUUACAAACAAAAACCAAUAGUUACUUUUGUAUUUAACAUUAUAAUUUUUCGUUAACGCCAGGUCCAAGUGAGGCAGCGCCAUCUACAUUGAUACUAAAAUUUUGGAAAAUUUUCAACAGCCUUUUCUUGAAAACAAGAUGGUAAAAUGCUUUUUCCUUUAUGCAUAAUUGAUUAUUGGCAAGAUAAAUACCAGCUAAAACUUUUUUUGAGUUAAAAUAAUGAAAAAAAUUUCAUGUCGCUAAAUUAAAUAUGAGCACUUUUUUCACAAAAACUGUAACAGUACUUUCUCAGAAAUUACAAUCAAAAAUGCAAUUUCCAUUUGGAAAAUUAAUAAACACUAAAAAAUACACCACCUAAGAUUUACCAAUCACUAAAAUAACAAAAAAAAAAAAUUUAUUAAAUAUUUAACAUAUUGAUACUGCUUUACUGAUUGUGACAACCCUUUGGUAGAUUAUGUAUUUCAGGUGGUUAGCAACAGCGCCAAUCUCCUCCUUUCGGCAAAACAGCGAAACGUCUGGUGACAUACAUAACCUGCCAAACGGCUGUCAUAAUGAGUAAAAUAUGUUAUGUUAAAAAA